GAAGGAUAUUUUUGAUAAUAUCGCGAUGAAGGACCAUGAAGCAACUCCUCCGUGUCAACGUAAACCGAUGAAACUUCGAAAUCUCAUAUAUAAAACUGAAGCCUUCGACUCUUUGCAUUGUAAUAACGCCGAGAGAACACAUUGCUCAAACCAAGUAUGUCUGGGAAGCAUAAUGGCUCUACCUAAUCAUAGUACUGAACCACGUUCCAAAGAAGAAAUCCUUGUACAUGCUAAAGAUUUUUUAGAUCAAUACUUCGCAUCUAUCAGGAGAUUGAACAGUGAUGCACACCGAUCACGAUGGGAAAGUAUACAAAGAGAAGUCUCGUGUACUAGCACUUAUCAGCUAACAGAAACUGAAUUAGUUUACGGAGCAAAAUUGGCAUGGCGUAACGCUGCACGUUGCAUUGGAAGAAUUCAAUGGUCAAAGCUUCAGGUCUUUGAUUGCCGAUAUGUUACAACAACCAGUGGAAUGUUCGAAGCCCUCUGCAAUCACAUCAAGUACAGCACAAACAAGGGAAAUAUCAGGUCAGCAAUAACUAUAUUCCCUCAACGCACCGAUGGAAAGCAUGACUAUAAGGUAUGGAAUCAGCAGCUAAUCAGUUAUGCAGGAUAUAAAAACCCAGAUGGUACGAUCACAGGCGAUCCUGUUAAUGUGGAAUUCACAGAGUUAUGCAUGAAACUGGGUUGGAGAGGUGCUGGAACAAGAUUUGACAUAUUACCAAUCGUAUUAUCAGCUAAUGGACACGAUCCUGAUUACUUCGACAUUCCAAGUGAACUUGUAUUGGAAGUUCCGAUUAGUCAUCCAACAUUUGAGUGGUUUGAGAAAUUAAAUCUCAAAUGGUUUGCGGUACCUGCUGUUUCGGGUAUGAUAUUUGAUUGCGGUGGAUUGGAAUUUACAGCGGCACCAUUCAAUGGCUGGUAUAUGAGUACUGAAAUAGGGUCCAGAGAUCUCUGUGAUAUUCAACGUUACAACAUGUUGGAGACUAUUGCUAGCCACAUGGGGCUGGAUACUCGAACGCCUAUUUCACUGUGGAAAGAUAAAGCCAUGAUCGAGACAAAUGUGGCUGUGCUGCAUAGUUUUCAGAUGAAGAAUGUAACCAUCGUUGAUCAUCACACAGCUUCUGAGUCAUUUAUGAAACAUUAUGAAAAUGAAAUGCGUCUACGUAACGGCUGUCCCGCAGAUUGGCUAUGGAUUGUUCCGCCAAUUUCUGGAUCUGCUACCCCUGUUUUUCACCAAGAAAUGGCACUGUAUUACUUGAAACCAUCCUACGAUUAUCAGGAUCCUGCGUGGAAAACACAUCAAUGGAAGAAGGGACGAGAUAAGAAAUCGACUUCUAAGAAACCAAGAAGGAAAUUUCACUUUAAACAAAUAGCUAGGGCAGUGAAAUUUACAUCAAAAUUAUUCGGUCGUGCUUUAUCCCGAAGAAUCAAAGCAACGGUCUUAUUUGCUACUGAAACCAAGACGUCUGAAAUGUACGCGGUGAAACUUGGGGAGCUUCUUGGUCACGCAUUUCAUUCCCAGGUUCACUGUAUGGCAGAUUACGACAUCAGCAACAUAGAACAUGAGGCAUUGUUACUCGUGAUUACAUCUACUUUUGGAAAUGGUGAUCCACCGGAAAACGGAGAAGCAUUUGCACAAAACUUAUACGCGAUGAAAAUGAACGAAACCUAUUCAAAUAACGAGAAUAAGAUUAGCUUGGCUACCUCCAAGUCCUUCAUAAAAGCGAACAGCCAAACUGAAUUAGGCAGUUCAAAGAAAUUGGAUAGGCUGGACUCUUUGCGUGGUUCCGUCACGGAAUCUCAAGCCGAGGACACUUUUGGACCUCUUAGCAAUGUCAGGUUCGCUGUUUUUGCUCUGGGUUCUUCGGCAUACCCUAACUUUUGUGCAUUCGGACGAUACGUGGAUAAUCUGCUAGGAGAACUUGGUGGUGAACGUUUGCUUCGCCUCGCACAGGGGGAUGAAAUGUGUGGCCAAGAACAAGCAUUCCGGAAGUGGGCAGCUGACACUUUUACGGUUGCCUGUGAAACAUUCUGCUUGGACGAUGAUGAGACAUUAUUAGAAGUUGCCCUUUCAUUGGGUUCAGACGUUUUGUCACCAGCUGCAGUUCGAUUUGUCGAAGCAGAUCCUCAACCAAUUGCUACAGCUUUGAAGAAGUGCCACUCCAGAAAUGUAACAUCUUGCAACAUGUUACGAAAAACUAACUUAAACGGUAGCAACUCUAGCGGUGUGACAUUAUUGCUUGAACUUGAUGAAAUAGCGGGAAUGGAAUUACAAUACAAGCCUGGGGAUCACUUGGGCGUUUUUGCAUGUAACAGAGCUCAACUUGUGGAGAGUAUUCUGAAACGGCUACAAACUAAUAUAGACCCAGAUAUACCGAUUGAACUGCAGAUGCAGAAGCAAUCUCACACUCCAAAUGGUAUUGUAAAAACGUGGAUGCCACAUGAUCGAUAUCUGCCAAACUCACUACGAAUGCUUCUAACAAGAUUUUUGGAUAUCACUACGCCACCAACUCCAAAUUUACUGAGAUAUUUUGCCUCAAUAGCUACUAAUCCAGAAGAGCAAGCACAGCUAACCGAGUUAGCUACUAAUUCAACAGCCUAUGAAGAUUGGCGGCACUGGAAAUUCCCAAAUCUUUUAGAAGUACUCGAAGAAUUUCCAUCCGUGAGACCACUGGCAUCACUUUUGAUACUCCAAUUGACACCUUUGCAGCCAAGAUUUUACAGUAUCUCAUCAUCGCCUAACGUUCAUCAGGGACAGAUACAUCUCACAGUCGCUGUUGUUCAGUAUAAAACACAAGAUGGUAGUGGACCAACACAUUAUGGAGUUUGCUCAAAUUAUCUCCAUGAGUUACCAGAUGGCGAAUCUUUAUACGUUUUUGUACGAAGUGCUCCAAAUUUCUAUAUGCCAUUGGACAAAAAAGCACCAAUGAUAUUGGUAGGUCCAGGAACUGGAAUCGCACCUUUCCGCGGAUUUUGGCAUCACCGACUCUCGGAAAUGAAGCUCGUUAAAGAUGGAAUGGUGGGAAAAAUUUGGUUGUUCUUUGGCUGCCGUCAAAGAGAUUUGGACUUGUAUAGAGAAGAGAAAAAUAGUAUGCUAAAAGCAGGAGUACUGGAUAAAGUAUUCCUCGCAUUAUCACGUGAACCUGGUUUCCAGAAGACCUAUGUCCAAGAUCUCAUUCAAGCGGAGGCUUCUCAGAUUUUUGGAAUGUUGGUACAUGAGCAGGGCCAUUUUUAUGUCUGUGGUGACUGUACAAUGGCUGAGGAUGUCUACCAGACAUUGAAACAAAUUAUUCAGACACAUGGAAAACUGAGUAACAAAGAAGUCGAAGCCUAUAUGUUGUCUAUGAGGGACGAAAAUCGAUAUCACGAAGACAUAUUUGGUAUAACUCUCAGAACCGCGGAGGUUCAUAACCGAUCCCGAGAGACAGCAAGAAUCAGGAUGGCAUCAGAACCAUGAAGAAAUUGUUAAGUGAUCGAUUUUGGCACUAUAUUCAAUCUAGGUAUAGGCAAAUUUUACGAAAAAUAUAUCAUGUCCUCUUCUGCAUAUCUUACAAGAAUGUUAUAUUUCGAAUAAUAAAUUACAAUCUUUGAAUCUCACAUACAGUUAGAUUAUUCUAGACUAACUCUUCCUCGUGUCAUCAAUCUCAAAUUUCGUGUCGAUAUUACAAAUUGAUAUCGAUAUUUUUACUGUCACCCCGAUAGAAUUCUUUUCUGUAAAUACUAAAACCCCAAAAAAAAAAAACGUAAAUUUUUAAAUAUCUAUAAUUCAUAA